UCUAUGGUACAGAGACCUAUGUGUUCUAUGGUCACAGUUUUUCCCACAUCAGAGAAAACGAACGCGAAAAUAUGGCAGGGCGCGGGAAACGAAGAGCAAAAUCUGCAUUACAGGAAGCGGAAACAGCCAAUGGGAAGCUCAGGAAGGCUGUGCCGGUGAAGGAGUGCCAGGUUCCCGAAGCGUUGCGGUGGGAGCUGUUGUGCUUGUACAGGCUGCCCAUGCCUGAGGACUUCUACCACUUCUGGAGCUUCUGCACACGCCUGGAUGCACAAAACCCCUGUGAUGCUUUGAGAGAGACCUUGGGCCUGCGGCUGGUUGGUCCGUUUGAAAUCAUGGCCGAGAAGCAUCGGUCUGCCAAGAAUCCAAAUUACUUCCUGCACUGGAGGCAUUUCUAUGACCCACCAGAGUUCCAGACUAUCCUCAUAGGCAGCAGAGAGACCCAGCACCAUAUGGGCUACUACAGGGAUGCUCCUGACAGCCUGCCUGUGUUUGUUGGGGAAAACGAAGCCCUGAAAAGCUGCUCCAUCACCCAGAUGGGCGACAAUAUCUUCGCUGCAGUCCUGCUCUUCCUUCUGAAGAAGAAGAAGGAGGUGGGAGGAAGGCAGGGGGCGGGGCCACUGCAGGCCAUGGAGGCGGAGCUCCGGAGCGCAGCAGAAGCUCUGGGUGUGUCACUGGAGCAGAAGAGCAAAGCCAUGAAGCAGCGUGACCGCAAGGUGGUCGCUAAAACAUUCCAUGGUGCUGGGAUCGUGGUUCCCGUGGACAGGAAUGAUGUUGGCUAUCGGGAGCUGCCUGAGACUGACGCGUCUCUCAGGAGGCUGUGCAGGGCCAUUGCUGAGGCACGAGAUGAUGAGGAGCGGGUGAAGGCCUUCGGCCCUCUCCAGGAGAUCAUCACCUUCGUCCAGUUCGCCAACGACGAGUGUGACUACGGCAUGGGCUACGAGCUGGGCCUCGACCUCUUCUGCUAUGGCUCGCCUUAUUUGUAUAAGGUGGUUAGGCAGCUCCUCCCCCUGGCCUACAGUUUGUUGAAGAGGGAUCUGUUUGGGCAGAUUCUGGAGGCUCACCUGUCCAACCGCAGUCAGGAGCCACUGGACCAGCUGUGCCCCUGAGGGAUGUCCCUAACCAAAUUUCUUGAGUUGAAUGCUCUGAGUCCUGUCCCAUUCCUGUGAGAGAUUGGCUUUUGAAGUUAACUGAAGUCACCGUCAUGUUCCUGGAACCAGCUGGAGAUGAGUUGUGCUUUGUGACAUGGUGCAUUUGUCGUGGAAGUAUCCAUGUGAACCAGGCUAGACUGGCCGUAAAGAGAUGCACAUGGUCUGCUACAAUGCUUAGGUAUUCUGUGGCAUUAAAAUGAUUCUUGGGUGAUAUUAA